AUGGCGUCCGCGCCGCAAAACACGGCGUCGACGCACAGGUCGGCGGUCGUCCGAGGCAUGCACGAGUUUCUCAUCGUCGGCUACAGCGAGCGUAAGCCUUUCGCCCGCCUCACCAGCGACCCCGCCCGCGUCCUCUACGACCUCAGCCACGGCAAUGCCCUCGUUAGGUACCACUCCAUCAACUCCGGUGCCUUCCAGGUCAGCAACUACACCUGGGAUCUCGUCUGCACCUUCGACGACCAAGACCACCUCACAUCUAUCACCCUCGACCUGCUCAGCACCGACAUAACCAAGGACGUGAUCGUCACGGCCAGCCUUCAGAUCGACGACCCGCGCGGCCAGUGGCCGCCCGCUGUGUGGCGAAGCGACGCCGCCUAUAGAUUCUCAACCAAUUUUAUUUCCAAGAGUAUGAGCUGGAAGCUGUCGCUCCCAGAUGCGUUCUGUGGGCACGAGGAGCGCUACGUCACCGACGACGACCGCCUCACCAUCCUCUGCACCCUCGGCAUUCUCCAAGAGGAUGUUCAGACCGCCGCAGAGGCAAGGAAGUGCUUGGUCUCCGUGGUGCCGGCGCCCACCAUCCGCCGGGAUUUCCAGCAGCUUCUACUACGUCCCUCAAAGAUACCCCCGUCAUCGAAGGUGACCUUCCUCGUUGAGGAUACCAAGUUCCGCGCCCACAGGCUUGUGCUUGCUAUGCGGUCGCCGGUCUUCGCCGCGGAGCUCUUUGGUCACAUGAGGGAGAGCACCACGCAACGUGUUAGGAUCGAGGACAUGCGUGCCUCCACAUUCAGGGCCAUGCUCCAGUUCAUCUAUACUGACGAGCUUCCCAUCAAGCCAAACAACGACGAGGAAUCAGGAAGCAGUCGUAAUAACUUCAAAAAAGAAUUCAUGGCGAGGGGCCGUGAAGCCAUGGUGCACAAGCUGCUUGUGGCAGCUGAUCGGUACGAUCUCGAGAGGCUCAGGCUCAUGUGCGAGAACAUACUAUGCGAGAGCAUCGAUGUGGAAACUGUCAUGCCGACUUUGCUGCUAGUGCGGGGCCGCCAAAGGUGUUGUCUGCUCGAGGAUUGCUGCAUCAAGUACAUAACAUCUAGUCCUGAUGUGUACCAAGCGGUGAGGGCGACCCGUCGGCCAAUAGAAGAGAAGAGCACAUCCAGGUACAAGUUGGAGGUGGUCCGCGGCACACACGAGUUUAUGAUACCCAACUUUAGCUCCGUGCAAAGAAGCCAUGGUGUUGGCCAAGUAAUCACUUCAGACAUAUUCAACAUAGGCGGUUACGACUGGACGGUCAAUGUGUACCCGUCUGGGUACUCGGCGGAGGAGGGUGGGGAGCACAUAUCUGUCUACCUCCGUUUACGGACUGAUCCUGGAACUGCUAGGGUCAAGUUGUCCAAGGCGUUCCGGAUCGGUGAUCCUAAUGGCAAAUCACCGUCGAUUGUGCUUGGUUCAGAAGAUAUUUUUACCAAGGUACGUGAAACCUGGGGGUUUCAAAAGUUAAUCACGGUGAAUUCUGCAAAGUCACGAUACAUAGGGCACAAUGGUUCCCUUACCAUACGUUGCGACCUUGAAGUCCACACGAAGGCGUGCACUACAAGUACUAGCACCACCAUAGCCAAACCUAUGAUCGUCGUGCCGCCGUCCAACAUUGUCAGGCACCUCGAGCAGCUGAUGGUUAGCAAGCAAUGGUCAGACGUGACGUUCCUGGUCCAGGACAGUGAGAUUCACGCGCACUGGCUCAUCAUCGUCAUGCGGUGGCCGCUUCUAUACGAAAUGUUGGUGGCAUCGACCACCAAAAGUGUCGUACGGAUCGGUGAUAUGAAGGCCGUUGUGCUUAGGGCCAUACUGCACUUUGUCUAUACCGACGAGCUGCUUCCUGUGGAUAACACGGUGGUAGCCAGAGAAAUGCUGGAGGCGGCAUGCCGGUUCCGCUUGGAGAGGAUGAAGGCCAUGUGCGAGAAUUUGCUCGCUCAUCUUCUGUCGAAAGACAAUGCGAUGAGCACUCUGGAGCUGGCGUUGCGACACCACUGCGAGGGGCUCAAGAUUUACUGCAACGACUUCAUCAACCGUGCAAUGAAGUGA